AUGAAGUUGUCGACACUUGUCAUAUUUCUUGCUACCUUAUUGCUCGUCACCCCACAAAAUGAAAAGUUGUGUGCACUUGCAGUUCCUUCGGCAUCGGGUGGGACUAGCAAUACACCUGCUGUUAAUCCACCGAAAAGUUCGGUAGUACCCAAACCCCCCACUGAUACCUCACAGCCGAAUCCAACUCAACAACCUACGAGCUCUCAACAAACUUCUAACCAACCGCAACCAACCGCCGCUACCUCGAACUCCAACACUCAGAUAGUUAUCACGGGCUCAGCAGCUACGAGCAAUGUUGACACCUCCCCGACGCCCAUACAAUCUUCUGAUAAUGGUGGUGCGACCACCCCCGCACCUAUCACCAUAACAAGCACGUCAACAAUUUCUCCCGGAGAGACAGGAAUACCCCAAUCUAACUCCAAUUCCUCUAGUAUUAACGCCAAUCAACCUCAGAUUGACGUCACCGCAUCAACAACAAAGACUAUCGUGAUUGCUGCUGCCGUCGUUGGUGGAAUAGUUAUAUUGGGAGGCAUAUCGAUAGUGCUAUAUCGUUAUCAAAAAUCUAGGGCAUCCGGAUGGGAUGAAGAAGGUGAAGUUGUACUACGGGAUGGUUAUGGUGCAAACCCUUUCCAAAGUACAUUGGAUCAAUAUCACAUGAGUCGAUAA